AUGGAUGAAAGUGUUGAGAAAGCUGACGAGAUUGUGAGGAAGCACCCUAGCAUCGCUGAGAAAGCUGAUGAUUCUGAUCCCCCGAAGCAAACGUUUGCUGCACAGGAAGACCAGGAGGGAAAAGUGGGGUCGAUGCAGACGUGGGUUAUCCUCCUUGCUCAGCAGCGCUCCGGUACCCACUGGCUGACGGAACAGCUCAACCAGCACCCGUGCAUUGAUAUAAAGCCCGAAAUUCUUUGCUGCAAUCACACUUCUUGGUGGCCUCCUAAGCUGCGCAGAAUGGCCAUCCAAAGAUUUUUCGAUCCUGCAGCGGUGCCGAGUGACAUGAUUGUCGAUGGUAAGAAGAUGCCAUCGGUAGUGGAGAAAUACGUUCAGGAAAGCGCACUUCGGCUAAAACGCGGUCGAAGUAUCCGAGGUUUUAAUUGGAAAAUCGACCAAGGCUUUUUGAAUGACUGGCCUGACUGGUUUCGCCUGUAUGCUGUCAACCACUCCAUCCGAAUCCUCUGGGUGCAGCGCAGGAACCUGCUGAGAAGACUCGUGUCGGGCUAUGCUAAUGCCAUCCAGCACCUGGCUGCGACAACGGAUCAGUCGAUGGCCAAGACGGUCGCGAUGCAAAAAAUCAACAUAGAGCCCAAGGGGCUUCUGAAACAUCUAAAUGAGAGUACCAGGGAGAAUGACAGUGUCAGCCGGUAUCUGAAAUCCAACGCCAUUCAGCAUCGGCGCGUCUACUACGAGGACCUUCUGAAUGGAUUAGACGACGUUUGGGCUUUCAUAUUGGGUGGGACCGCAUGCAAGGUUCCAACAGUCAAGGCGUCCUCACACUAUCAACAGCUGCAUAGCGGCAAGCUUGAAAAGUUUGUGCAGAACUGGCAUGAAGUCCGAGCGGCGCUUUCUGGCACGCAGUGGUCGCACAUGCUGGUCGAAUGA